AUGACUAAAGUGUCUGAUCCAUACCGUUGGCUUGAAGAUCCAGAUGCACCUGAGACAAAGAAGUUUGUUGACCUCCAAAAUGAUGUGACUCAACCUUAUCUGGAAGGAUGCUCUGCAAAACUGAAGAUCAAGGAGAAACUGACUCAAAUGUGGGACUUUCCAAAGUAUGGGUGCCCUUCCAAGCAUGGCGAUCGGUACUUCUACUUCAUGAACACUGGUCUUCAAAAUCACCAUGUGCUCUAUAAGCAGGAGUCUUUGGGAGCAGAAUCCUCUGUCUUCUUGGAUCCCAAUGAGUUCUCACCAGAUGGGACUGUAGCUCUCAGUGGAACUGCAUUCUCUGAGGAUGGAGCUACAUUGGCUUAUGGUGUUGCCAAAUCGGGCUCUGAUUGGAAAUCUAUCAAGUUCCGCAAGGUUGACACGGUUGAGGACUAUCCAGAAGAACUGAAGAAUGUCAAAUUCUCCAGUAUGGCUUGGACCCAUGAUCAUAAUGGGAUCUUUUAUGGGAGGUACCCUCAUGCAACAGGAGCUGAUGGAACAGAAACAGAAAUCGUGGAAAACAUGAAGCUGUACUAUCACCAGCUUGGCACCUCACAAGAAGAAGAUAUACUAGUCAUAGAAUUUCCAGAUGAACCUAAGUGGAUGAUAGGAGCAACUGUGAGCGAUUGUGGCCAGUAUCUGUUUGUGACCCCACACAAAGAUUGCCGAGACAAUCUGUUGUAUUUUGCUGAUCUGACUGCUCAGUGUGGUGGUCCUGGGAAGGGCCCCACUGGUCCCAUCACCCUUACACCAGUUGUGACUAAAUUUGAGGCAGACUUUGCUUAUGUGACAAACACAGGCUCCAGGUGUGUGUUCCGUACCAACAAGGAUUCACCUAACUACCGACUCAUCAUCAUUGAUAUGGAAGCCCCUGAAGAAGCAAAAUGGGAAACAUUAGUUGCAGGUCAUGAGGUGGAUGUACUUGAUUGGGCUGCUCCUAUCCAUCAUGACAAACUUGUCCUUUGCUACAUGCAAGAUGUUAAAGUGUAUAGAGAGGUGAAGGUAGGUGAUGUUGACACAAGUGAUCUCACUACAAAACAGGUAUUCUACUCAAGCAAAGAUGGAUCGAAGAUUCCCAUGUUCAUUGUCAUGCGAAAGAAUAUGCAUCUGGAUGGUUCAACUCCAUGUCUUCUCUAUGGAUAUGGUGGCUUCAAUAUCAGUGUCCUCCCUUCCUUCUCUGUAACAAGACUUGCCUUCAUCAAAUUCUUCAAUGGUGUUGUUGCAGUGGCAAACAUCAGAGGUGGAGGGGAAUAUGGAGAGAAAUGGCACAAUGCAGGUCGCCUUUUGAACAAGCAAAAUGGUUUUGAUGACUUCAUUGCUGCUGCUGAGUACUUAAUUAAAGAAGGAUACACAUUACCCCAGCGGUUGACAAUAAUGGGUGGUUCAAAUGGAGGUUUCCUUGUUGGUGCUUGCACCAAUCAGAGGCCUGACCUCUUUGGAGCUGCUAUUGCUCAAGUUGGAGUCAUGGAUCUUCUGCGUUUCCAUCGCUUCACCAUUGGAUAUGCAUGGGUCUCAGAUUAUGGAAAUCCAGAAGAAAGUGAAGAACAUUUUGCGAAUCUUCUUUCUCUUUCUCCUUUGCACAACAUUAAAACCCCGCCAAAUGGUGUGCAGUAUCCCGCCAUUUUGCUCCUGACUGCAGACCAUGAUGACCGUGUUGUUCCUCUGCAUUCCCUCAAGUACAUUGCUGAGCUCCAGCAUGUGAUUGGGAAACGCCCCCAGCAGAAAAAUCCUCUGAUGAUUCGGGUUGAUGUCAAAGCUGGACAUGGAGGAGGCAAGCCAACAACUAAAGUGAUUGAGGAGUACACAGACAUCAUGUGUUUUGUGAUGCAAGCAUUGAACCUUGACAUUCAUGUUUGAGAACAUGGUCUCUGCAUAUUUUGUCUGGUGCAUUUCAAUAAACUUUUAAUGCUACAGAUAUCUCUGUGGCAUGAUUUUUUUUUUCUCAUAUAUGUGAAGUG